AUGGCACCCAUCGCCACGACAGUAGAGUCGGCGGCACCGACGCCUACGGCUCCACCGGCCGCCAAGUCGCUCAAGACGGGGCCUAACAGUAGCGUCCCGUCCAAGGUGGCUGGAACCAAUGGUACUGCGCAGGAGGAGCCGCCCGUAGUAGACCUCCAAUCUGGAUCUCCCGAACAAGAUCGUGAGGGCCAGGCUGAGGAGCUCAAGCGUCAGGUCAUUGCUGGACUCAAGGGCCACGCCACGCUUACGGUGCCUGGCAGCACCGACCGCGCAGAAGAUGUGGAGUGGGCGUACAGGAAGACAUUGCCUACCACGCUGCUAUAUGACGAGGCCGGCUUGAAGAUCUACGAUCAGAUGGUCGAGGUACCCGAGUACUACCUCUGGAAGGCCGAGAAGACAAUUUUGGAGAAGCAUGGCCGCGAGAUUGCCUUGCGUCUCUUCGGUCAUCAGACUGAGGAGACGUUGCAGAUGCUCCGCGAAGCACUCAGCGAGCAGGACUUCGAGCGCGAGGACAAGAAGAAGCACGAGCACAACAAGGACGACAAGGAUGUCCCCGUAUUCGACGGUCUCCACUUCGAAGAGUAUCGCACCCUCAAAGAGAAGUGGGGCGACUUUACCGUUGGCCGUCACAACGGCGGCGUCAACUCGGAGCACGGUCUCGACGAUUGCGGCUCUGGUGGCUCACCAGCUGCCGGAGCCGCCGUCGUAGAGCUUGGCGCCGGCUCGCUGCGCAAGACCAUUCACCUGCUUCGUGGUCUGGGCGAGCUGCCCGGGCUGAAGAAGCAGGACCCCGUGCGAUACUAUGCUUUGGACUUGGACAAGUCUGAGCUUGUACGCACGUUGCACGACCUCCGCUCGCAGCUGGGCUCGAGCACGAGUGGAGGUCAAGGAAAGGAGGAGGCCUGCGUCAGCGAUGAGUGGACCAUCCUCGAUGGAAAGGUAGCCAUCAACGGCCUGUGGGCCACGUACGACAAAGGGCUCGAGCACAUCGCCGACGGCGGGCUCGGGGAUGGGCGUCGCGUCUUCCUCUGGCUGGGCUCAUCGAUUGGUAACUUCGAACGCCGUGAUGGUGCUGAGUUCCUCAAGUCCAUGGCCGACAAGUCGAUGCGAGCCGGUGACAAGAUGCUCAUCGGCAUUGACCGCCGCAACGCUGCGAGGGACAUCGAGCUGGCGUACAACGACCCUAAGGGCUUGACAGCCUCAUUCGUCAUGAAUGGGCUCAAGCACGCCGACCGCGUUCUGGGCGGCCAAGGGGUGAUUGACCCCGCGAGGUUCGAGUAUCAUGAUCGAUACAACGAUGUCGAGGGUCGUCACGAAAGCUACUAUCGCUCUCUCCUGACGCAACUCCUCACCCUCCCAGACGGCGAGACGGUCGAGCUGGAGGAAGGCGAGCUCAUCCACGUAGAGCGCAGCUACAAGUACGCUGAGCGUGAGACUCUCGACUCCCUCGAUCAUGCUGGUCUGCGCGUCGUCCAGAAAUGGACCGAUGACGAUGAGCGUUACGACCUCUGGCUGGUGGAGAAGACUCCCUUCCAUUUCCAGUCGACGCGCCUCUUGACUGGAUGGCGCGAGCAAGUCGGCAAGGGCUUGUCGGUGCAGGAGGCUCAUAACAGUAAUGGGUCGCACGAGUUUGACGCUGAUGGAGGGUCCAGCGCAUUCAGUGUUGGUGGGCCGCCCAAGCCUCAUGAGGCUUGGGGGUCCUGGGGGAUGCCCUCGCUCGACGAGUGGGAGUCGAGCUGGCGAAGCUGGGACGUGAUUACCCUGACGAUGAUCUCUCGCCGAAUGCUCCACGUCAAACCAAUCGACCUGCGUCACAUCUGCCUCUUCUACCUCGGGCACAUUCCCGCUUUCGUGGACAUCCUCCUGUUGAAGGUUCUUCCCGACCUUGAGCCCCUUGACGCAUACUACAACAAGAUCUUCGAGCGCGGCAUCGACCCACACGUCGACGAUCCCACGCAGUGCCACUCGCACAGCGAGGUGCCUCAGUCGGAGGAGGACUGGCCAAAGGUCGAAGAGAUCUUGGCGUACAGGGAGAAGGUGAUGGACAGGCUCGUGGGAAUCUAUGCUGAUUUCGCGAGCGGGAAGCGCACAUUGAACAGGCAUGUCGCGAGGUGCAUCAAGAUGGUGCAGGAGCACAUCGACUUGCAUCAGGAGACACUGCUCUACAUGCUGGCACAGAGCGACGAGACGUUACCUCCCGUCGGCUUCUCGCAGCCGGACUGGGCGUCUCUUACUCGCCAGUGGGAGAAGGAAGACGCUCGACAGGGAGGCGAGGAAGAGCGCAACGCUCUCGUCAACUUCAAGGCCGACACCGUGGUGAUCGGUCACGAUGAUGAUGACCGCCGCGACACAGACUUCGAGACGAAAGCUCCCUCUAAGGAUGUGCGAGCCCUCAAUGCGCAGCUGGGCAACCCGGAGUUCGGGUGGGACAACGAGCAGCCCGCGCGCAAGGAGCAGACCAAGGCCUUCAGUAUCACGGCCAGCCCGGUCACCAACGAGCAGUACUUGCGCUUCGUUGCCGCCACCGGCUAUCAGGAGCAGGACGUUCCCCCUUCCUGGAUCAAGGCAACCGGCACCGGCAGCAAGUCCAGCCAUGACUACAAUGUCCGCACCAUCUACGGCCCCGUGCCCCUGGCUACCGUCGCCCGCCUCUGGCCCGUCACGGGCUCAGGCGCACAGCUACGUCGCUACGCUGCUUGGGCAGGCGGACGUCUACCUACGCAUGCCGAGCUCCGUCGCUUCCUCGACUCUGCCACGUCUCCCAACUGCGUGGACCGACCGGGCAGCAACGUCGGAUUCCGCUAUUGGCACCCGGUCCCUGCCGCCCUCCCCACCAACAUCACAGCCAAAGGCGGCGCAAACUCCCUCGGUCUUCCCGGACACAACGGCGGUGUGUGGGAAUGGACCUGUACCGCCUUCUCCGCUCAUGAAGGGUUCGUACCCUCCAUCCUCUACCCGGGUUACAGUGCCGAUUUCCACGACGGGCGACACGAUGUUGUCCUGGGUGGGAGCUGGGCGAGCACUCCCUGUGUCGCGGGAAGGAAGACGGUGUGCAACGCGUACCAGCGGGACUACCCAUAUGCGUUCAUUGGGGGCAGGGUGGUGUUCGAUGAUGAGACGACGAGGAAGGGGGUUGCGCAGGCUUACGGGGCUGGAAGGAGGAAGAGCAGUAGUCCGCCGGCUGCUGCGGGCCUCAGGAAGGACGCGUGA